CUGCUGCUGAGAGGGCUUCUAGUAUGGCACGGCAUGUAGGGCUGAUGUGAGGGUCUUGUAAUUUCGCUCGCGGUUAGCGGCUUCCCAAAUACUCGACUUUCACCACAACGUGGGCUGAAUAUGGGGAAAGUAUCACCCUCAGCUUCAGGAUUUGCUUCAUCGAUCUUCGAAACCCUCCUUCAGCUUUAUACGCAAAAAUUUCAUCCUGUGCUUCAUCACACCAGAGGCAGGAUCUUUGAGCCCGUCAACAGCUGAUGGCUUCUGCGCGCACGUGCUAUACUCCCUACAGCUUCCUAGCGCACGUGCUAUGCUCCACAGCUUCAUCAUCAGCCUUGCUAACCAACGUCAUCAGAUCCUGUGCCUUGCAUGAGAUCUUAAGUACCUUGAGUCCUUCAGUGCAAAGCGCGCCGAAUCUCGGGAAGCUUUUGCUGCUUCCAGUAACUCAAGGUCCUCGACGGUCUUGUAGUGUCUACUCGCUUUUUCUCUCUUGUCUGCACCGGUAUGUUUCCACACUUGCUGAUCAAGGGAGCUCGCCGCUGACUUCGACUAGAAUCAUUGAUCUUCUGACUUUGCGCCUUCGGUUCUGCUGCGCAGACCUCAGUCGUAAGCCGGAUCUUGCGCUUCGCUCAAGAUCGUUGCGCAUGGGGAUCAGAUCUCGGCGCCAAUGACUGAUUAGUCUUCCUCAAGCCUCCAGUGAUUCAGGAUGCUCAACUGUCAUGGUUUACUUGGAAG